AUGGAAAUAACUCGAGCAGGAAAUGAACUUCAGUUAACUGUCAUCAAAGGAGCUGUUAAUCACCAAUCAAUACCGAACCCACAACCAAUAUCUCAACUAAGAACGGGUCCUGUACAUCAGAUGCCUACACCACAAGUCGUAAAACCCAGUUAUGCAUUGCCAAAUCAGCCUCAAAUGCACAUCGGUAGUAGUCAUAAUCGAGCGGCGAUGCCAUUCGAUGCUCGAGUGGGCAAUGAAAUGACUUAUCAAGCAGCAAAACCUACGAACUGGCAGCCAGGAGAUUAUACUCAAGAAGAACCUGAACAUUUACGUCCAAAACUUUGCAAUUUUGAAACAUCAACAGCUUUUAAUAAAGAUCCACUACAACGAGAAACUUGGCGGCCAAAACCAUACCGUGACAAUCCACAAGCACCACCUCGUAACGUUGGUACCGCUGUUUAUCAUGCUCAGUACAAUUCUCCUAUUGGACUCUACAGUGACGAUAAAGUUCUAGAAGCAUUUAAAUCACAGACAGGCAGUUUAAUCGAUGACAUUAAAGGGUAUCG